AUGGGAUUUGGUAGAAAGAAGCGUGGAAACAACAAGAACAAGAACACUGAGACAUCUGGUGGUGCAGAGGAUAACAGUAAAAAGACUCAAAAAUUCUUUGAUGAACGCAAGCCUUUUGCCAUCAUUGAAAGAGACAAUGAAGACUUUAAAAACUACUACAAGCAACAAAACCUCCUGUCUGAAGAAGAGUUUGAUCAAUUUUACAACCAUCUCAAGACCAUUUUGCCUAGUACUUUCCGUAUCACUGGUAGCAGAGCUGCUGCUAUGGAGAUCUUGGAUGUAGUUGAAAAGACCUAUGUUCCCAAUAUGCAAGAUGUUGUCAUUGACGGUGUCAAAAUCGAACCUCCCAAGCCAUUGCCUUGGUAUCCUGACAACCUUGGCUGGCAAGUCAAUGCUCCUCGUCUUGUGAUCAAGAAAUCGCCCGAAUUUCAAAAGUUCCACAGAUUCAUGGUAACAGAAACCGAAGCUGGUAACAUCAGCAGACAAGAGGCUGUGAGUAUGGUACCUCCUCUUCUCAUGGACAUCAAGCCUCAUCAAUGGGUUCUUGACAUGUGUGCUGCUCCUGGCUCCAAGACAGCUCAAAUCAUUGAAGCAGUUCACUCGAAUGAUAAAUUGAAUGAAAUGCCAACUGGCCUUGUUGUAGCAAAUGAUGCUGACUACAAGCGUAGUCAUAUGUUGGUUCAUCAAUCCAAGCGAUUGCAAUCACCUUGUUUCAUGGCUACAAAUCACGAUGGUGCUCAUUUCCCCAACAUUCAUGUACCUCGUGAAGACGGUUCUCGUAACCCUGUUGGGUGGCAGUUUGAUAGAGUGUUGUGUGAUGUCCCCUGUAGUGGUGAUGGUACUAUUCGUAAGAAUGAAAAGAUCUGGAAUAGUUGGAGCCCUGUCGCUGGUCUCACGCUUCACAGUACUCAAGUUCAAAUCUUUGCCAGAGGCUGUCAACUCGUCAAGCUCGGCGGCCGCAUUGUGUACUCUACCUGCUCCUUCAACCCUAUUGAAAACGAAGCUGUUGUUGCUGAAGUGCUCCGUCAAACCAAGGGCGCUAUUCGUCUUGUCGAUGUGUCUGCAUCCUUGCCUGAAUUGAAGCGCAAGCCUGGUUUGAGCACAUGGAAGGUAACAACCAAAGAAGGCGAAUUCAUUGAGUCUAUCGAGGAUAUCAAGGACAUGAGACAGCGCAAGAAGCAUGCUGCUAGUACAUUCCCUCCGACCGCUGAGGAAGCCAAGGAAAUGAACUUGGAUAGAUGUCUUCGUAUCUACCCUCAUCAACAAGAUACUGGUGGUUUCUUUGUUGCUGUAUUUGAAAAGAUCAAGCCAUUGACAGCUGCUGACCGUAUCACACUUGCUAAACAAAAGGGCAAUCAGGUUCCCGAAGCCGAUGUGGUGGAAGCCGAGAAGGAAAUGGACGUUGUUCAGGAGGAGAUCAUCCCUACCAAGCGUGCCAGUGUGGAUGAUGCGGUUGCAGAGGAAGAUGCUGCUACAGCUAAAAAGGUCAAGACAGACGCUACUGCCACGACUGAGGCUGCUGAUAAGGAGGAAGAGGAGGCCAAGCCCUAUGAAAGCAAACCUAAAAGAGACGUUCCCGGUAUCAAGGAAGCACCCUUUGAGAUGAUGGCAGCUGAUUCAGCUGAUCUCAAGGAGAUUACAGAGUUCUAUGGUCUUGACCCUAAUUUUCCUCGUGAUCAAUUCCUCUUGCGUUCGGAUGGCAAUGCCAAGGGUCGUAGUCUUUACUUUGUGUCCAGCUCUAUCAAGCGUGUCUUGGAAUCCAAGGACUUUUCUCGUCUUCAAACUGUCAAUACUGGUGUCCGUUUGUUUGUUCGUCAAUCAUCACCUGUCGAAAAUGGCUCUCCUUUCCGUCUGACAUCUGAGGGCAUGCCUAUUUUGGAUGCUGUCAUGAGUGACAAACGUCGCAUCAUUGUCGAUAUGAAUGUGCUCAAGACUUUGUUGGUGGGAGCUUUCCCUACUUUGGAAGAGUUCCCUGAGCAAUUGCGGGAAAAGGUCCGUGCCAUGGAGUCUGGUUGUUGUAUUGCUCGUGUCGAUGUCUCUCAAAAGGACAUUGUCAACGAACAAGACAAGGUCAAGUUUACUGCUCCUCUUGUGUUGCCUGUCUGGAAGGGUAAAAACUCACUCAAUGUGUUGCUCAACAAGAAGGACAAGAGAGCUUUGUGUCAGCGUAUCUUUGGCAUCAUACCCGAAUCAACACCUGACCAUUUGUUGCAAAGAUCUACUGAGAACCAAGAGCUGAAAAAGGAACAAGAUGCUGCUGCUGCUGCUUCUGCCGCUGCUUCUGCUUCUGCUACCCCAGAUGCUGAUGUUGUUAUUACGGAAGAAACCCAAUAA